AUGAUGUGUGACUGCAUAACACCAACAGUCAAACAUGGAGGAGGUUCUGUCAUGGUUUGGGGAGGGUUUUCAUUCAAUGGAAGUCAAAGGAAUUUCGGAAAAAAAAAACAGUACCACAGCAUUCUCGUUCAUAAAGUUGUGCCAGCUGGAACGCAACUCAUAGGCAAAGGCUUCGAUUUCCAACAGGAUAAUGAUCCUAAGCAUACUUCGACACUUUGCCAAGAUUAUCUCAAGAAGAAAGAAGACGUUGGUACCCUGAAAAUUAUGACUUGGCUGCCUCAAUCCCCUGACUUGAACCCCAUCGAAUUACAAGAGGUUGACUGUCAAGUAAGAAAACGCCUUCCAACAUCGCAGGAAAACUUGUGGACAAUUUUGAAAGAAAAUCUUAACAACAGAAUUCCUCGCAUCGUGACAGCCGUACUGAAGGCAAAAGGCGGGAAAAGUUGUCAUAUGUGA